UUGGUGGCCCCAUUUUUCAGCUUUGAUAAAUCUAAACCUAUAGUGUAUAUAUAUCCACCACCCAAGAAAGAAACAUAAAGGUCUGUAAUGGAAAACUCGGCUAAAAAGAUGAAUUCAGAGAAUAAAUAUAGAACAAUAGCAGUGACGGUGACACCCUUUAUCAUCCUGGGCGGUAUAUGCAUUGGUUUGGGAUGGAGAUAUGUGAGCCGUGCAUGGAAUCGGAAACCAAAGCCGAAGCUCGCAAGGUCCAUGUCCUUUUCUGCCCUUCAUGGAGGUAAACUGGCUUUCGAGAGAUUGGUUGAUUAUCACAAUUAUGGAGGCAAGUCAACCAACAUUGAUGCUGAUAUCAAAAAGCUGGAGGAGUUACUUGCUGAUGAACAUCCUCGUUUCAAGGAAAUUCAGCGUGUUCUUGCGAGGCUGGAAAUGAGCAGAAAAGAAGAUGAAGCCAUGGAAGUGUUGAAUAAAGCAUUGGAAAAGGCCCGAAAGCAAGGCAAACCGCAUGAAGUUUACGAGCUUGAAAUUCUGCUUGCAGAAUUGUAUAUCUACAAGGGAGAUGUUCAACAGGCUUUGAACUGCAAAUGCUUAGUAGAAGAUGGAGGGGAUUCUGAUGCACGACGUCCCCUUUAUAAGGCUAUUAUUUGCUUGAUGGACCAGAGAGAGGAAGAAGCCCGUAAGUAUUGGCAAGACUUUAAAGAUGUGCAACACAUGACAAUCCCACCAUGUUUCCAUGAAGAUGAGUUCACUGAAUUUAAGAAUGCUGUCAAUCUGCUCAAAAAAGAUAUUGAUGCUACAAAACAAUAAAAAAAAUUUGUUAAGUUUCACUCUCUCUUCAAAGCUUAGAUGUAAAUUAAUUGAUUCCAGCUAUUUGCAUAAUGUGCAGUUUAUAAAUAAAAUAAAGUGCCCUCUAAUUCGUAAAUAAAACCUAAACAUAUACAAGAGUAA